AUCACAGCCAGCACACACGGCCUGCUAUAAACACAGAUAUGGCCAAAAACGGCAAGGCGGCAAGGCUGCCGGUCAAUGCUGGCACAAGCGACAUGAUUGGUGGCCACACCCAGCAGCUCCACCCGGACAUGUUCUCACUCAAAGACAAGACAAGACAGCAGCACAGCAAGCAGCCUUGACAACCACCAAAAACAAUCAUUGUCUGGUCAUAUUGCACCACUCUAAUAUACGCCAUCUCUCCACUGCACCCCUUGAUUUUAGGUGUGCCCUUCUUACUCGGUUCUACGCCUCGUGGUUUGGGUCGCUCGCCCUUUGUCCAGAUUGCAUGCCGGCACAAUGACAUCGCGCAAGACGCAACAAGAGAUCGAUAAGACCUUUAAGAAGGUCGCCGAGGGCAUCGCGACCUUCGAAGGCAUCUACGAAAAGAUUAAAACUACUACGAAUAUCGCCCAGCGCGACAAGCUCGAGGAAAACCUGAAACGGGAGAUCAAGAAACUGCAGAGGUUUCGGGAUCAAAUCAAAUCGUGGGCGUCUGGAAAUGAAGUCAAGGACAAGACCCCGCUGCUGGAGCAAAGAAAAGCGAUCGAAACAUGCAUGGAACAAUUCAAGGCCGUGGAGAAGGAGAUGAAAACAAAAGCCUUCUCGAAAGAAGGCCUAUCGAAUGCGUCGAAACUCGAUCCAAAGGAGAAGGAAAAGGUUGACACUUGCGAUUUUCUGUCGAGCAUGGUGGACGAGCUCCAACAAAGAAUCGAAGCCAUGGAAGCUGAAGAGGAGGCUCUGUCUGCAUCGAUGAAGAAAGGCAAGAAGGAUACCGUCAAGACGAAUCGAAUGGCAGAUAUUUCGCGGAUUACGGAACGACAUAAGUGGCAUGUCAACAAGCUAGAAUUGCUCCUGCGCUCAUUGGAGAACGGUGUCGUGGAAGUGUCGCAAGUGCUCGAUCUAAAGGACAGCAUCAAAUACUACGUCGAGGAUGGGCACAACAUUGACUACUCUGGAGAAGACGAAACGUUAUACGACGAUGUCGUCUUUGGCGAUGAGGAGGGCCAAUUUGGAAUCUCGCCAGACAACGACCGGGUGUCCUCACAGGAUACACAGUCUGUUCCGGACGAAGAAGUACCUGAGCCACGACCGAAAGCGAAGACCGAUCUGGCGAGCACCCGACGGCCGUCAACGCAAAUGAAAUCCCCCCUCCCUGUUCUCGCGACCCUGCACUCAACGGCGACGGCUGCUACGACAUCGAAUUCCAUGAAGCCGGCUCCCCCGCCAACGCGUUUACCUGGAGAGACAUUGAAAUACGCAUCCGCCGCGGCCGCAGCUGCAGCAACCGAUCGAGGCGUCGGCAUCGCACCACUUCCUCCACCCCCGGGGGCUAGUCCUGCCUCAUCAUCAGCCCUUCCUGUAUCGAAAGCUGGCUCUACUGCUUCUCCGAGCGUGACGUCAGCACAGCUCGCCUCACGGAUAAUUUCGACGCCAGAACCGAGUGAGAAGCCACCCCAAUCCCCGGCACCGUCGUAUCCAGCUAGCAAGGCAGUAUCCUCGACACCGGCUCCAUCGACACCGGCAGCAGAGAAGGCGGAUGUAGCGAGUUCAAAACUACAGGCACAGGCACUCAAUGGAACUGGUGCGGGUAAAGACGAGGAGUCUUCAGAGGAAUCUAUCUACCACCUGCCUCCUGGGCUACAAGACCUGAUCCAAUCAUUCGAAGCGACAAAGAGCCGAGGCGAAGCGGGAGUGUCGUCGCCGGUGAUACAGAGACUGUUGGCAGCAUCGCUCAACUCAUGUCCGGAGCCCGGUGAUGCAGAAAAGCCACGGCAUUACAAACCACAAACGCCAUACAACACGCCGCUGUAUUACCCGCAAGAGCCUUUGCCGAUCUUCGAUGACCAUCGGCUAUACGACACGCAGAGAAUCGAUACGGACACGCUAUUCUACAUCUUCUACUACCAGCAAGGCACAUAUCGGCAGUACUUGGCGGCCAAGUCACUGAAGAACCAAAGCUGGCGGUUCCACAAACAAUUCCAAACAUGGUUCCAACGACACGAAGAGCCGAAGACGAUCACGGAGGAGUAUGAGCAAGGUACAUACCGAUUUUUCGACUACGAAAGUACAUGGAUGAACCGCCGAAAAGCGGAUUUCAAGUUUAUUUACAAGUACUUGGAAGACGAUAUUUGAAGGCCCGUCGAAUGCACUACAUUGGUCAAUAAAAGAGGUCAUUGACAUUGACAGUUGGAUUAACGUGUUCUAAUAUUACAUUUUUCUCGUUUUCGUUUUCGUUUUCGGAUGGGAAUGGGUACGGGGACAAAGGAUAGGCAUGGCUGGCGUGUAUAACCAUGGUUUUUUUUCGCUUUCUCUUCAAAGUCUAUGUCAGAAAACAGCAAACAAAUAGAUAGAACGAUUUGUCCAAGUCAGUCGAACCUCGAACAUAUCACUCUGUCUGUCCUGGUAUAUACUGCGGACUACAUUCAGUAUACAGAACAUAAUUACUGUAGACCAAGAUGGGGAUCACAUGACGUCACCGCACUUGAUAAGUUUCCUAAUCGAUCACGUGCGUUCUUCGAUCCAACUCUUGGCGAUAAUAGUAC